AACAUUUCUUUUCGCCAUAGGGCAGCACUGUGCGUCUUUCGCACGCGUAUUUUUGUGCAGAUUUUGUGUGGAAAUUCAUAGUUUUUUGUUGUGAAAAUAGUGAAAAACAACAAUAAUCAUGGCGCAAUUCGAUCUAACACGUAUCAAUUGUCAGUAUUUGGACAGACAUUUGACUUUUCCGCUGCUGGAGUUUUUGUGCGGCAAGGAGAUCUACAACCAACAAGAGCUGUUGGAGUACAUUUUGGAUACGGUAAACAAGACGAACAUGAUUGAUUACACCAUGGAUACGCGCAAGCGUCUCAAUCUCAGCCAGGAGAUGCCGGAGGAGUUAGUGCAGCGCAAGGCCGAGGUGUUGGCCACUCUGAAGCAGCUGCAGAACGAGGUGGCACCUAUCAUGAAGGCCACUGACAUUCUCAAGAACGGUGAGAGCAUGAAGGAUUCGAAGACCUUUGUGAAUGCCCUGCAAAAGGAUUACAACUUCAAGGUGGAGCAUCUCGAGAGCGCCUACAAAUUGGCCAAAUAUUUGUACGAGUGCGGCAACUACCAGGAGUCCACUUCGUAUCUGUAUUUCUGUCUCAUUGUCAUGUCGCCCAAUGAUAAGAACUAUCUGAAUGUGUUGUGGGGCAAAUUGGCCGCCGAGAUUUUGACUCUCAACUGGAACACGGCUCUGGAGGAUUUGACACGCCUGCGUGAUUACAUCGAUAGCGCCAACUUCUCGACCAUUCAAGCGCUGCAACAGCGCACCUGGCUCAUCCACUGGUCAGUGCUCGUCUUCUUCAAUCAUCCCAAGGGACGCGACCUCAUCAUCGAGAUGUUCUUGUAUAAGCCGCUGUACCUCAACGCCAUUCAGACCAUGUGCCCACACAUUAUGCGUUACUUGGCCACCGCUGUUGUCAUCAAUCGCACACGUCGCAAUGCGCUGAAGGAUCUGAUCAAGGUGAUUCAACAGGAGUCGUACACGUAUCGCGAUCCCAUCACCGAGUUCCUCGAGUGCCUCUAUGUGAACUUUGACUUUGAGGGCGCCCGUUUGAAGUUGCACGAGUGCCAGACGGUCAUCUUCAAUGAUUUCUUCAUUGUUGCCUGCCUCAAUGAGUUUGUCGAGGAUGCACGUUUGAUGAUCUUCGAAACAUUCUGUCGCAUCCAUCAGUGCAUCACAAUCAGCAUGCUGGCCGAUAAGCUGAACAUGAAGCCCAACGAGGCCGAGUGCUGGAUUGUUAACCUUAUCCGCAACGCACGUUUGAAUGCCAAGAUUGACUCGAAGUUGGGACAUGUGGUGAUGGGCACACAACCGUUGAGUCCAUACCAGCAGCUGGUGGAGAAGAUUGACUCGCUGUCGAUGCGUUCGGAGCAUUUGGCGGGUCUGAUUGAGCGCAAGAGCAAACAAAAGAAUCAAGAAUCGAUCGACUCCUGGAAGUACUACUAAGCCUUUAUAAGAUUAUUCAACACUUUUUGUAUCCAAUCGAGUAGAAGACAGUCAAUAGAUGCCAACGUGCAUUGCAAUUAUUGUAAACCGCAACCACAGUCAAAUGGCGCGAAUAAAACAUCUUCAUUCGCAAAAAAUUGGUUUCAUAUAUGCUCAACAUUGAAUUUUAUUUCCUUUGGAAUAUUUUAAGUUUGCACAAAACAAUACUCGAAUUUACAAAAAUUUAUAAUUUGUCUAGCCUAGAAUGCAUAAAUGGUCCUAGUCCUAGUUCACUAGUGUAUAGCUUCUUGUACUCUAACAAAAAAUGACUGUGCGCAGAUCGAUGGGUUUUCUCUGUGCGCAGAUCGAAGAUCAAACAAUUAAUUGCUACCUCUGCUUCUUGGCAAUCGGAGCAACCACAGACCAGGCGCGUAUCGGCAGAUCCUGCAGAUAGCGUAUCCAUUUGCGCACAACGAGCAGCCAAAUGAUGCCAUAGACGACGCAGACAGCAGCCUCCAGAUAGUAACCAUCAAAGGUUAUUUCGCACUUGCCUCCACUCUUGGUGCACUCCUGCAAAAUUCACAAUAGUUGUAAUUAAAGCAUAGAGAAAGAUGAAUUCCUAACUCACCUGCAGCUCUUCUUUGUUGAGGCAGAGAUUUGUGGACUGAGUGCUGCACUGCUUAAAGGUGAGUACAUCCACCAGCCACAGCGCCACAGUGUUGGGCCAAUUGCCACCCAGAUUACACAGUGUGUUAAGGAAUGUCAUAUAGGUGCCGCCCACAGCUGGAUCCGAGAUCUUGGCAAAGAACGCCAUGGCAGCAACAAACAUGGAAUACAAAAAUACUUGAUAGCAGCCGUAGCUGGUAACGAGCAGCACAUAGUAAUAAAAGGGAACCUCGCCACCUGAGAUUAGAUAUGGUGUUGCGUAGGCAAUCAAUGUGGCCACCGUCGCCAAAACAAUGCGCCAUGGUAUCGCUCUCAGAUACAAGUCCAUGGGUCGCGGGCCAUUCGUGUGUUUGCCCACAAAGAGGGGCAGGACGAUCUGUAGCGGUAUCAGGGGUAAUGCCAGUAUUGCCAGCUUCUCCUUGGGCACACCAGCAUCGAUCAGUUUCAGCGACGUCACGGCAUCGGAGGCGGCAAACGUCACCUUGACGGUGAGCAGUAUGGCCGCUAGAAUUUGUACGGGACGUUUGCGCACUAUAUCCCACAGGACUUUGUAGCUCUCGUGUAUGUUGAGCUCAUGCUCCUCCUUGUAGCGGGCAUCUGUGUGCGCAUCCUCAACGUCGUUCUCCUUCUUGAAGAUGGCCACUAAUGUGGUGGCCACUAUGAAUGUGAUGCCCCAGAAGUAAAGGAAUCGCGGUAGUGUUACCAUGCCCUCAUCCGAAGGCACAUCACGCAAAUACCCGUUGCAAAUGUCCUUUGACUCCAAGGCAAUAAACACCACAUAUCCAAGGAAAUAGCCAGCUGUUUGUCCCACACUAUUACAGGUGGAGGCGUAACCAACAUUGCAACGCUUCAGCAUGGUCAGCGCCCAGCCAUCCACAGCAAUAUCCUGUGUGGCAGCUAGGAAAUUGAGCACAAAGAACAGCAGCGUUAGCAUCGGCACAUUGGGCUCCACACCAUCGCCGCCCAGCCAGCGAUCCACGUGCACCGAUAGCAGCAGCAUGAAACCACCAAGCAGAUACUGCACUGGGACCAGCCACGAUUUGCGCCGACCAAAGCGACGCACAUACAACGAGUCCACAAUGGGCGCCCACAGCAACUUGAUGCUAAACGGCCAAUAGGCAAAGGAGAACUCCGCCUGCUGUUUGUAGCUGGCACCGCGAUUCUGCAGCAGCAUUGGCACAGCAGCUAUGAGGCCAAUGGGUAUGCCCUGCAGUAUGUAGAGGAACAGAAGUACGGCAAUGUUGCGCUUAUCGCCACGUAAAUCAGGCUUCUCGUGUUCAUCUUGUCCAGUUGGAGAUGGAGUUGACUCGAUGAGAUCGUUCGAUUCACUGUUGCGGCGACGACGUCGUUUUGUCGACAUAUUGUCAGCUGCAAUGAUGUGCUCAGAAUAUGAAAUUUGUUGUUGCGUUGAUCGGAUUUACUUGCAGCCGUUUGUUUUUCUCUUUUUGUAAUCAGCUCCAAGUGGAAGAAAAACAACAAUACUGAAGGUCCACGUCAGUGGUCAAUUCUAGCAAGUAAUUUGUGCUGAGUUUGAAGUGGUGCCUUUUAUGUUUGAUGUUUCCGGAUUAUUAGAGAAUUUAUCAAGUUAAUUUGCACUAUAUUUUAUUUCAUAAUGACGAUGUGGCGACUUUGUUUGUGGUAGGUUUGUUGACGUUUGCGUUUCGCUUUAAGAGCAAGUACUUUUUGUAAUUGCUGUGACGAUUCUCGAUGAGCAUCGAAAAGUUAUCGAAUCUUAUGCACCGUCUAUCGAUACCAUGCCAAAAUAUACUUGUCCACUCUAUAGUAUUAAAAUACGUUACAUUUGCAUUUUUUAGAAAAUAAAUUUGUUGUUCAAAAAUAAUUUGGGAAAACCCUACUAUCCAAUGGUAAAUCAAACAAGUAAAUGAAAAAGUGAAAAAAAAUCCUGAAUUACUGCUAGGUGGCAUAUUUUGCGUAGGCAAUUUGAUAUAUUAAAAAAGAAAUUGUUUCAUUGUAACGGUUUUCUGAAUAUAAAUUUACCAUAGCAAUCGCUGUUUAAUGUCUGAACACUCUUGUAUUAGAAAAAAGAACAAGGUAUCUAUUGAGAUUUUUAUAUUUCAUUAGUAAAUAAAGUGGGCUUCGGGCUUUUGCUUUGCUUUUUGCUCAUGCAUAUUUCAUAUUUUGUUUACAAUCGAAUAUUAAGUAUUAUUAAGUAUACGUAUACUGUUACAGGCUCCGAACUCAAAAAAACACGAAACGGCUGUUCUCGAAUAACAAUUAUUCAAUUAUCAUUAUUACAAUUUCAUAAAUUCACCAAACUGGUUUCGCUUCUUCAACGAUUCAUUAUUUUUUUCUUUUUUUAAAAAAGUAAGUGUAACACAUUUUGUGACUGAGUUGAUUUUUUUGCUUAGCUUAAAGUAAUAAAAAAAGAUAUUUAAUUGAAACUGGCUGGCUGUGUGAGUGGCGUACGAUUGAUAAAGUCGUUUUGUAUGCUUUCAUUUCAUUAACUCUUAUUGUAUUGUUUUGAUCGUCGUCGUCGUCAUCGCAAUCAUCUCCACCAACUACUGCUCAUCGUUUUUUUUUUGCUGCUUUGUUUGUUUAGCCGCAUGGCGUGCUCCAGUUAAUUAAAAAAAACUUGUGUGGAAGGCCAUUGGUAGUAAUGGCUACACUUCUAUUUGGCGGGCGAGCCACAGAAGACGGGCUCUUCCCACUUGUGGUGCACCUCAGGCGUCAGAUUGCUUAUCUGCACGUGCACGGCCUGAUGCUUCUCAAACUUGGGCGGAAUGGCGCAGAGUCGAUACUUGACCUCGUCGCCAGGCAUGGGUACAUAUUCCCCUUCGAUGCUAAUUAAAUAAUGAGUCAACAUUAAAUUGUGUUAGCUGUGUGUGUGUGUUCUGGUGUUUCAUCAAACUUACUCGGAAACGUGACAGAAAACAUCCUCGCCGCCACCAUUGGGCGUAAUAAAACCGUGUCCUUUGGUGCGGCUAAAGGAUUUCACAAUACCAGUCACCAUUGGGUUUUCCAUGGCGCGAGCCGAACUGUGUGUUCGGUGUUCAUUGUGCGCGCGCGUGUUUUAUUUUGCAGCAACAGAAGAAUGGGUGCGAGGAGAUGGAGAAGCAGACAAUUAAAUCAAUGUCAGAUGAUAAGGUCAGUUAGUAGCAUAGCGCGGGUAGAAUGGGAUAGGAAACUUACGUCGAGGCCGUGCGUGUGCGACGCGUGAUGAUGGGACUGGGCAGCUGCAGCGAGGCGUUUGGACUAUGGCUAUUUUGAUGAAAUACCGGCGGCUUGGCAGACAGCAUCUUUUCGGGUGUUUUUUGGUUCGGCCAUUGCAGCAAGCGUUUCCUUUUUUUAGUUCGAUUUAUAUUAAUAGAGUGGGCAACAGCGGGGAAUGAUGUAAGCACUGAAGUAGCGACGGCUUUUGAUUGUGUCCGCGUAUCGCGUGUGUUUAUCUUCUCUCACUCAAAUGGACAGCAGCCAAAGUCUGUUGAGUUCAAGGACAGCGCGCCGAUUAGUCAGCAAAUUGCGUUGCGCUUAAAAGAGUUGUUUUUUUUCCGUUUGCAACUUACCAAAUGUUGGCAGUGUAACAACACAAUUUUGUAGCGCAGCACUUUCACCACGCUUUCAAUUCCAAUUGCACCAAGGAGUGGGAGGUGAGUGGGAAGGCAACUCUCGAGUACUUUUAGGUCGCGUGCCUUGGGACUGCUUCUUCUUUUAACUUGCACACAUCCAGCCUGCUAACUAAUACUGAUGCAAUUUUUUUUGCCGCAAUUCGCAAUAAGAGCCGGCAAACACGAAGUCGUCGUAAAACGCGUGGGAAGCGUACUACUUUAUUUUUCUAUAAAUAUUCACAAUGCUGCACAACUAAUUGGGCGUUCUUUUGGCACAAAUUAUAUUGCGCUAUAUUAACAAUUAAUUCGUCUU